ACAAAUAGGAUGUCCGCCGGAUCCUAAACUUCUCUAUUUUCGAAGCCGGGUCUGGGAAGCCAGUGAGGGUUUAAUGCUAAGGUGUAAAUAAUUAUAACAACAAUAAUAAUAAAAACAUGCAGUCGUGUUUAAUCAAUGUAGCUUUGCUUUUAAUGUUCUUCUUGUCGCAUUUUCGAGGAGUUUCCGCAGAGGGAGAUGGAAAAGGAUUUGGAGACCACAUCCACUGGAGGAGCCUGGAAGAUGGGAAGAAAGAGGCAGGAGCAAGUGGACUACCGGUGAUGGUCAUCAUUCAUAAGACCUGGUGUGGAGCCUGUAAAGCCCUGAAGCCCAAGUUUGCAGAGUCGAAGGAGAUCUCUGAACUGGCUCACAACUUUGUCAUGGUUAACCUGGAGGAUGAAGAAGAGCCAAAAGACGAUGCCUUCAGCCCUGAUGGAGGUUACAUUCCCAGAAUACUCUUUUUAGACCCCAGCGGUAAAGUCCGUCCUGAGAUCACGAAUAAAAACGGAAACCCAAACUACAAGUUUUUCUACAGCAACGCAGAUCAAGUCGUGGCCAGCAUGAAGGAGGCUCAGGAGAUGUUGACCGGUGACGAGUUCAGGAAGUCGCACCUGGGUGACGAGCUGUGACGAGAACCACGACAGCUUAGCUCUAGCUCCCAGCUGGUCCGCUACACCACUCACUACUGCGCCGUUUAGGUUCAGCCCUAAAUGAUCGACACCUCAUUUCAGCCCACGUCGUACCCACAGACUUCCAGAUCCCUUUCCAUGCUGCAACCAAACUUCAGUUUUCCUUUGUCGUCUGUGUAAAUGGCAUAAAUCCAACCAACCAAAGCGGACAAGCUCUCCGUCCGUCGGUCAAAGGUGCUACAGAACCUUAAUACGUGUCUGAAUACGUCAUCUAUAUCGCACCCAUUGUUUCUAGAUGUUAAUCACAGAGCAAUACACUACACAUUUUACAUCACAGCUCUCUCCUACUCCUGAUUUGUGUUAACACACUAAACACACCACGGAAUCAGUGGGAUAACGUUGGCUUCCAGGCCACAAACACCUCGCUGUUCAAAUAUAGACUGAUCCUGAAAGCACAUGGAUCUCUAAUCGGUCCUAAACUGCAUUUCGUAUCCUGCACAUUUCUGUAAGCCAAUCAGCAGAGAAUGCUUUUAUAAAGUCUUAAAAGGUUUUAUCGGGGAAACAGGAAGUGACACAAACAUGUGUUUAAUGAAUGUGUUUGCCACACUGUAUUUUUUACAUGGAUGUACCGUACAAUAAAAGUUCGUAUUCGAGUUAACGUCA